AUGUUACUUCGUACCAUUCGUUAUUGUCGAGCCAGACCCCAACCAAUAUUACCCGCCGCCAAGCACUUCCACCACCUUCUCCUUCCCUUUCCUCUUCCAGUGUUCCACCUAAACCGUGGGCUCAGAUCUUCAAAACCAGUUUCGAUUGUUUCUCAUAUAAAUACUUCAUAUUCUUCUUCUUCUUCACCGUCAAUUAACCAAAGCCCACUUUCCCUUUCACCUUCAUCUUCAACUUCAACCCAUCAAAGGAACAAACCGAACCAAAGCCUCCAAGAGAGAGAAACCUUCUCUAACAAAGCAAUGGUGGCGCUUCUCGUUGCAACCACGACCGACCCGGCUUCCAUUAACCCGGCCAAUGCCCUGUUGGCCAUGCCCGGGUGGCAACCCAGACCCCAUUUCCAGGAUGAUAUGAAGAGCUUUGUUAAUGAAGGGUUGAGGGUUUUGCUACAUGGGAAGAGUAUAGUGGUGGAGGAUGACUUGGACAAGAGGUGGGAAGAGGUGACUGGUGAGGUUAUUGAUGAGGUUAUCUUCUUCAGCAAGCACACUGCUGUUUCUAACAAACCUGCUCUCACUGUUCACCCUAUUGGAGUUCCUCAUUUGCGUGAAGGUGAUGUUCCACCCCAAGGUGGGAAACCUGGAUGGGCAGCGCUGCCAAAUCCUCGGAUAGGGCCCUGGCUUCGACUUUUGAAAAAUAUGGCUCAGGCUCAUAAUCUUGUCCCUGAGUUUGAGAUUACUUUGGAGGCCACUCAUCAUGGACCGCUGACAAAUAAGCCCACCAUGUUUCUGGAGAUUGGCAGUACUGAAGACUAUUGGAAGAGACAGGAUGCUGCUCAAGUUAUGGCUCAGUUAGUCUGGGAAGGACUUGGACUUGGAGGAGGGACAGAUGUAGGAAACUGGAGCAGGGAGAAUGCCAAUAAGAAAGUCCUUCUUGGGAUAGGUGGUGGACAUUAUGUGCCUCGGCAUAUGGAUGUAGUAUUGAAAGAUGAUGUUUGGGUGGGUCACCUACUUUCUGGAUAUUCACUGCCAAUGGAAGAUCCAAACCAAUCAAAACGAGAAACAAAUGUGGAGAUUGGUGGAACCUGGAGAGAUUCUAUAAAAGCUGCAUAUGAGGCCACUAGAUCUGCCUUUCCUGGUGGCGAAAUCCUUGCACAUCUUGACCACAAUUUUGUUGCAGGAGUUUCAAGAGCUGGCAGAAGAAUGCCAUAACAGGAUUCCUUGUGGAGCAGAACAUUAAAAUUGGAAAACCAAAUAACUUCUCUUGAGUAUUGACUUUGAAAGAUGUUGUUUUACACAAUUUCUCCAGAGUGCGGACCAGAGGCAGGCUGAAGAUUUGGGUAGUCUAGACUAGGAAUUUAAUUCAGUUCACUUGAGGUCAUUGUGAUAAUUUUGAGAUAAACUGAUAUAUACAUAAAUUCUAAUUCUAAUAAAAAUGAUGGGUUUGGCGUUUGUCAUUUUAAAUGAUAUAAGUUAUGUCAUUUUAGGAAAGAGAUAGACACGGAAAAACGAAAAUCAUGGGAGAGAGAAAGUGAGUGGUUUUUUUUAAUUUAAAAUUCAAAUUUCCUGUGUCUGUGUCUCUCUUAAAAUGACAUAACUUUCUAUCAUUUAAAAUGACAAACACUUUUCCCAAAAAUGAUAUAUGCAUUAAUCAAACAAUAUAGAAGCUUGGCAUUUAUGUAUAUUCCUAUGUCUGUAUUUAUUUGUAGAAUUGUACCCUACACUGGUGAUGGAUGUAUAUCGGAUUAAUAUGAAUUUAUAUAA